AUGUCUUCCUAUGGACAGAUGCUUAGCUCCCGCUGUGCUGCACCAUGUGAAGUGACGUGCCCGCAACCAUAUGCCGACUGUUGGAAUGAACCAUGCGUCAGGUCAUGCGGUGAUUCAAGAGCAAUCGUGUACGCACCACCCGUUGUCGUGACUUUCCCGGGACCCAUUAUCAGCUCGUGCCCUCAGGAAAGUUUUGUGGGAACUGCUGAGCCUCAAAUAGAGGGUCAGAUGGGCUCUGGAGGUGGAGGAAUGGGCUCCGGAGGUGGAGGAAUGGGUUCUGGUGGUUCCUGUGGUGGAGGCAGCUCCUAUGGGAUGGGCUCCCAUGGUUCAGGUGGUUCUUGUGGUGGCAUGGGAGGGGGCUCAUAUGGUGGGGAGGGCUCGUGUGGUGGUGGAAUCUCCCGUUUUGGAAGCUUUUACCGAAACUCAUUUUUUUCAGGAUUUGGUAGAAAUUAUUUCCCCUUUUAUUCCAGAGGGUACUAUAGAUAUCGCUACGGAAACUAUGGGCCAUUUUAA